AUGCAGGGUGGCAUGCCCGGCAUGGGCGCGCCACCCUCAGACCAGCCGACGAUGGACACGGCUGAGACGGUGCACAUCUCUUCCCUCGCUCUGCUCAAGAUGCUCAAGCACGGCCGUGCCGGUAUUCCCAUGGAGGUCAUGGGCCUCAUGUUGGGCGAGUUUGUGGACGACUACACUGUGCGCGUCAUCGACGUCUUUGCCAUGCCCCAGAACGGCACGGGCGUGAGCGUUGAAGCCGUGGACCCCGUCUUCCAGACCCAGAUGCUGGACAUGCUCAAGCAGACUGGCCGACCGGAGAUGGUGGUGGGCUGGUAUCACUCGCAUCCCGGCUUUGGCUGCUGGCUGUCAGGCGUCGACAUUAAUACCCAGCAGAGUUUCGAAGCGCUGAACCAACGCGCGGUGGCCGUCGUCAUCGAUCCGAUCCAAUCUGUCAAGGGCAAGGUUGUGAUUGAUGCUUUCCGCCUGAUCAACCCCCAGACCUUGAUGAUGGGCCAGGAGCCACGUCAGACAACGUCAAACCUCGGCCAUCUGGAGCGCCCAUCGUUGCAAGCGCGCAUCCACGGCUUGAACCGUCACUACUACUCUCUGGCCAUCAACUACCGCAAGAACCCUCUUGAGGAGAAGAUGUUGCUGAACCUGCACAAGCGCCCUUGGGAUCAUGGUUUGACGCUGGAGGACUUUGAGAAGCACAGCCACGACAACAAGCAGGCGGUCGAGGAGAUGCUCAAGCUGGCCAAGCUGUACAAUAAGUCUGUGGAGGAGGAAAUGUCCAUGACCAAGGAGCAGCUGGCUAUCCGUCACACGGGCAAGCAGGAUCCCAAGCGCCACCUGGCUGAGAAGAUUGACGUUCUCAUGAGCAGCAACAUUACUCAAUGCCUUGGCGCCAUGCUCGACUCGGUGGUGUUCAGCUAG